UUUAACAGUUUAAUUUUAUCUCUUUAACAAAAAAACUAACGACAACUUACAAUGAAGUUUUCUGUGACGGCUGGGAUUGCCGUUCUCGUUCUUGUUCUACUGGGUGAAUGCGCCGCAUUGAAGUGCAAUACGUUCCACUACAACUCUGUCCAUGGCACGAAUUCCACCAAAGUCACACCUUGUGCCGAAGGAAAAACCGCAUGUGCUUCUCUCCAGUUCACUGCAAGCCUGGCAUCUGAUGGAUCUCAUGUGAAAUUUCAUCAAGGGCUCUGCACGACUCCUAACUUGUGCGGAAGCUUUUGUGCAAAAAUGAGCAGGAGCAAAGAGAUCGACGCACAUAUUUCUCAAUGCCAGACUCAGUGCUGUUCAUCCAAUGACUGCAACAAAAGAUUUCUCUAAAUUACUCUCCGAUUAGAUAUGUGGAAUAUAACAGCUAAAUGAUUUGAAAGAUUACUAAUAGAUUAUACCCGGCAUAUACAAUAAUUAUGAUAUUAAAUUAAAAUUUUUAAAUCGUAUUACCCUAAAUAUAAUUUUCUGCUGACAAUAAAUAGGG